UCUGGCAACUGUGGCACCAAUCACGUUCAAGGUCGCCCAAUUCAGUGUCCGCGAGCCAGUCAGCAACGGACAGUGAGUACCAGAGGUCUUGCGCGUGGAUCUGCAGUAAAGGAAGAAGUAAAACGUAGAAAUUGUAAUACAUUGCCAAGUGGAGUAAUAUCACCUGGACUUUCUCACGCACCUUUACACCUGUGCAUACAGCCUCACAGAGGAAGAUUCGGACACACUCUAUCAGUAUCCCUUCGUUGUGGGAAAAAUAUCAUGAUGAGGUUGGCACUUAUAUUUUUGCUGGCACUGGCGGGUGCGGCCCUCGGGAAACUGGCUCCCCUCGAGAGGCCUUACAAGAUCCUCAUGCUGCUGCCUGUGGGGACGAAGAGCCACAAGAACUUCUUCACGAGCGUUGCUGACGCCCUGGGCGAGCGAGGACACAAGGUGGUGAUGCUGUCCAGCUACCCUGCGUCCUCCAAGAACCCCAACGUCACGGAGAUCGACCACGGACUCAGGGACUUCGACGUCGAAAACAUGAACUUAUUUGAAGCUCGGGAUGAUCCUACGGGAGGCUUUUCACUCCUGGAGGAUAUCCUUCCGGCCAUGGCGAAGAAACUUUACAAGAUCCCGGUUGUGACGGAGUUGUACGACAAGAGGAAAAUGUACGAUCUCAUUAUUGUGGAUCAUAUGAUGAAUGAGAUGAUCUACCCGUUCGUGCACGAACGAACGUACAUGACCAUAGCGGCCUUCGGGAUGGACGCGUGUCACAGCGCCGUGCUGGGCAACGUCCAGAACCCGGCCUACGUGUCUGGGAUGCUGGAGGAGUACCCGAGCCCACUCGGCUUGAAGCACCGCUUCCUGAACCUGAUGCAGCACAUUCUGAUGCCAUUUUAUUUGAGGCACUGGUCUCUUGUGCCGAAGAUCCAAAAGGAGAUCUCGGACAUCUUCCCGGACCUUCCGCCGCUGCUGGACAUCGAGCGCAACCAGAGCCUGACGCUGAUCAACUCGCACUUCUCGAUGGAAGUGGCUGUUCCUCUGCUGCCGUCGCAGGUGGAGGUGGGCGCCAUCCACUGCCGCCCCGCGAAGCCUCUUCCCAAGGACCUGGAAUCUUGGAUCUCCGGCGCAGGACCAGAGGGCGUCGUGUACUUCAGCCUGGGAACCGUAGCUCGCGGUACCACAAUGCCUGUUGUGUACCGUGACAUGUUUGUCGAAGCCUUCAAGAGACUGAAGCAGAGAGUCAUUUGGAAGUUCGAAGAAAAGCUCGAAGGCGUCUCGGACAAUGUGCUUAUACAGAAGUGGCUGCCGCAGCAGGACAUACUGGGUCACCCCAACGUGAAAGUGUUCAUCACCCACGGAGGUCUUCUCAGCACCCAAGAGUCCCUGUACCACGCCACGCCCGUCGUCGCUCUGCCCAUCUUCGCGGACCAGCCUAAGAACGCGAUGGCAAUCCAGAAGCACGGUCUUGGCGUCGUGCUGGUGUGGGAGGAACUCUCAGUUGAUCUCAUCGUUAACUCUAUCCAGGAAGUUAUGAAUAACCCCAAGUACAAGCGGAACGCCGAGGAGGUGAUGAGCGUGGUGCGGGACCAGCCGGAGACGCCGAGGGAGCGCGCCGUGUUCUGGACCGAGUACGUGGUUCGCCACCAGGGAGCGCCCCGCCUGAGGAGCCCGGCGGCGAAGCUCUCGUGGGUCGAGUUCCUCAUGCUGGACGUGCUGCUGGUGCUCCACGUGGUCGUGUACGUGGCCUUCUGCGUUCUGUCGCGGGUCGUGAGGGCGGUGAAAGGGAAGCUCUUCCCUGGCAAAGCCAAAAAGAGGAAGAGGGACUGAGUGUUGUUUUAAUGAUUUUUUUUUUAUACAAACAUACAUCUCUCUCUCUCUCUCUCUCUCUCUCUCUCUCUCUCUCUCUCUCUC